AUGUCAUCUUCCCGCUCCCCAAAAAGGCCAGCGUCGCCGCGGAAACCAACUAAGCAUUCGAAGCCAUUCAGUGCGUUCGCUGAAGAACUGGGUACGCAUUAUACGGCAGAGACGACGGAUAGGCAGGAUGUGCAUCACGCGGGAGCCAUGGGCUUGUUCGACGAUCCAGAUGAGAUAGAGGCUGAGGAGCGGCGGCGAGUGCGGCACGAGCUCGAGCGACAUCAAGCGAGGGUUCGACAGAUGCAGCGGCAUGACAAGAAGGAUAGCAAGAGGGAGAUGAAGGAAACGAAGCGGAUCGCGCAAGGAAAGUCGCCCAAGCCGUGGUAUAGCAGGGUGCUUGGACGGGACAAGGACCAGAGGGGUGAGGUGGGGCUUGUAGGAUCGAGCGCUUGUGUUGGUGAAAGUACUGAUGAGGCGAGUGUGGAUGGCACGUCGACGGAGAAGUGGGAGUAUGAGAUCGUGAGGAGGCCUGCGGCACUAGAGGCCAUAUAUACGGAUGAGGAUGUGGAACCGGUGGGCUCGUUGUGGUUGGAGGAAUGUGAGAUGGCGCGAGUCAAGUCGGAUGACCGUGGUGGGUGUCAUAUUGUGCCGAAGAGCAGUAUUCAGAGCGGCGAGAGGAAGCAGCAGCAGUGA